AUGGAUCUUGAUAGCCUUCUAAGCCUCGAAGAGCAAUAUUACAAGGAAGGUUACGAUGAGGGCCGCAGGGAGAAUUUGCAAAAUAACCUAGUUGAAGGUAAGCAGUAUGGCCUCCAGGUAGGGUUUCAAAGAUAUUCAUCUCUAGGCCAUAUGAAGGGUAUCUGUGACUAUCUAAAGUUAGUUCUUCAUGAUACGCCAGUGGAGGUCACUAUAAAUGAGCUGAUAAAUAUGAUAACCAGAAUUCCCUUGGACAAUAGCAACAGUAGCGCGACUGAAUACGAACAGGCCAUUACUCGCGUACGAAACAAGUUCAGACUUCUGUUGCUUACAACCCAGAAACAUUUGAAGAAGCGGGGGUUACUCGCAGAGGACCUAUCUUUUGACCAAUUCACAACUAUUAAUAAAAUUAUUGCGGGUGAGCUGAGAGGAUUCACCACGAAUGAUAGUGAGGAGACGAAGGUGACAUUCCAGGACCAAACACAGAUGUGGUAG